AUGAGCCGAAAGCCGACGUUAAUUGGCGACGAAUAUAAAAUCCUCCUGAAAACACUCAAUCCUCAUAUAACUUGUCCAUUAUGUAAAGGCUAUUUUGUUGAAGCUACGACAGUCACCGAUUGCUUGCACACGUUUUGCAAGUCCUGCCUACUGAAGCACUUCGAGAGCGUCAAUAACUGCUGUCCCAAAUGUAAUAAUCUCAUUCAUCAGAGUCACCCAUCACAUUACGUUAGCUUUGAUCGUACAAUGCAAGAACUGGUGUAUAAACUUGUUCCCGGUAUGCAAACACGAGAAGAGGCAAAUCAGAUAGCGUUCAUGCGAACACUGAAAACCGAAACUGGCACGGACAAUAACGGUAGUGGAGAGAAGUUGGAAACUGACGAAAACACAGUGGAAGAAAACACAGAAAUGAGGCACUGUUCUGGCGAUUUAAUGCGCAGACAUCACCGUAGCGAUGAGCAGGUCGCUGUGGAAUUGUGCACUGACAAGCUUUCCAGACUGGAUGAAAUUGAAAUGCCAUUCGUAAGACUCUCAGAAAUGGCGACCGUAAACACGGUGAAGCGGUAUUUGGCAGUAGCUCUGUUCGGUGAUAUUAGUCGCUACAACGAUUUGGACAUAUUUUGUAACAAUGAAUUAAUGGGGCGCGACUACUCGAUGAAAUUCAUUGAAAAGACUCGUUGCCGAAACAAACCGAAAGACGCGCCGAUAAAAUUGCUGUUCAGGAAGCACAUCGACUUUUGA